UAUACGGACUUGUAGGCCCAUGAUCUCAGCUGGACCAUGUGUAGAGAAGUGAAGAAGAAACAAAAGAAAGCUCUCCAUUGGUGUUGAAUGCUGAAAAUGUCACAUGAUCAAUCCUUGACCCCUUACGAACAGAGACUGAGAGAUGAAGUUAUUUACCUUCAUUCUCUCUGGCACAAGCCCCCUCCAAACCCUAAUUCCUUCGCUCCAUCCUCAACCCUCCAUGUUUUCCAUCCCACCUCCUUCAAAAAAACCAAACGGAACAAACCCACUUACCAAAAUCCCCAUCAAAACACUGUAUUUUCAGAAUCUGGGUCCGCCCCACUUCAGCAAAUGCAGUACAAGGUGGUCCAACAUUGCAGCGAGUUUCUCUCCAAAAGUUUCGGAGAAGACGAUUCUUUUAUUGAUGAUAAGGGCGUUGAGGAGAGUGAAGAAUUCAAGUUCCUUUUUGGCUUCUUUGUGGAGCAUAGAGAAUUGAGGGACUUGUACGAGAACAACCAAGAUUCCGGAGACUUUUACUGCUUGGUUUGUGGACACACUCAGUUGUUCAAGGGCUGUUUCAGCCUUGUGCAACAUGCUUUACAAAUGUUGAAUGUGAACAGAAAAAGGGCUCAUAGAGCUUUUAGCUUGGUUAUUUGCAAGCUUCUUGGAUGGGAUAUCAGUAAGCUUCCUGUCAUUGUGCUUAAGGGCGAACCUCUCCGUCAGUCGUUGGCCAAUUUGGGCAAGACCCUGAACUAUUUAAAUGAUGAUGGUAAAAAAGUUUCAGGUAUGGAAGGGGGAGUGACAGAUUAUGAGUGGCCUUAUCCAAAGCCUGUUGAUGAGUUCACAUCAACAUCAUCUGGAUGGCCUGCACUAAAUCCUAAAAAGUCUUCAGUUAUAAAUAAAGCAACUGCCGAAGAGCUAGCAAGAUUUUCAAUGGCACAGUUGCAACAGCAGUGUGUUGAAAAAUGUAAAAGUCUUUUAUCAGUUUUAUCUGGUUCAGAGAGUGAGGAAGAUGAGAACGACAGUGACAAUGACUCGAUUGAUGAAGAUGUAUCAGAGGAAUGUGAGGAAUACAAGGUGUUUUUGAGGUUGUUCACAGAAGAGAAUGAGUUGAGGGAAUAUUAUGAGAAGCAUUACGAAGAUGGGGAAUUUUAUUGUAUGGUUUGUGGUGCCAUAAGGAAGAAGGUUUGGAAGACAUAUAAGGGUUGUAUCGCGCUUGUACAGCAUGCCAUUGCAAUAUCUAGGACAAAAAAGAAGAGGGCUCAUAGGAUGUUUGGACAGGUUAUCUGUAAGGUUCUAGGUUGGGAUAUUGGUCGGCUUCCGACAAUUGUAUUGAAGAAAGAACCUGUGAUGGCAGAGUUAGGCAUGCUGCAGAAUUCUCUGGAUGAUAAUGAUGCUAAAGUACAUGUUGAUGGUCUUGAAAAGGAAAACUUCAGAACUGAUGAAUCAGGAGUUGUGAAUCAUGAGACCAGUGCAACAGAGGGUGGAACUGAAGCAAAUAAUAUAGCAGAUGAUUUGGGGAAUGAUGGUCUCAAUCAGAAAUAGAAACGUUUUCGAUUCAUCCUGUCAAUUUGAUAUGAAUAUCGUAGUAUGCAGAUUCUUGCAACUUCCCUGUUGUCAAAUUGAUGAAGAAGGGUUCUGAUUUGAAUGGAAAGGAUCUCCGAUACCACAGAUGAUGAAAAUAACGAUGACACUAGAGCUUCCAUGUGAUGUGAUCUGAAGCGACUUACCGACUCAUAUCAAACUUAUUGUAUACUUUUGUUUCCUUAAAAUGAUAUGCUUCACGGGAAGUUGCAAUGCAAUAGAUUAUUUACAUCUUUGCAUAGGAUAAAGAAAAGUAUGAAACAGAUUAAUACAAAUGUUUUCAUAUCAAA